AUGGCGCUGAGGUUUGUUAUUGGUUCAUCACUCAAGCCAGUUCUUAACACUCAGAUCCGAAAUGUGGCUGCGCUCUCCAUCAAAGACGUCUUGUCUACCCAACCAACUGCCGAAGUUGGCAGUCUGAAGAAUGGGCUCCGAGUGGUGGCUGAGGAUAACGGAACACCAACUGCCACUGUAGGAGUUUGGAUUGAAACCGGGUCUCGCUACGAAAACGAGGAGAAUAACGGAGUUGCCCACUUCCUUGAGCGACUCAUACACAAGGGCACUGGAAAACGCGCUUCAGCCGCACUUGAAAGUGAACUGGGAGCAAUUGGUGCCAAGCUUAGAUCCUACACCACACGUGAUCGAACCGCUGUUUUUGUUCAGUCGGCUUCCCAGGAUGUUGAGAAAGCUGUCGAUAUCCUCGCUGAUGUCUUGAGAAACAGCAAACUGGACUCGCCGGCGAUUGAAGCCGAACGUGCCGUACUGCUCAAAGAACUUGAAGAAUCUGAGAGUGAUCUUCAGAAAGUAACUAUGGAUAACCUUCACACCGCUGCUUUCCAGGGAACACCGUUGUCAAAGAGUCCUAUUGGAACCACAGCAUCUCUGAAGGUCAUUUCUGCACAAAACAUCAAAGAAUGGCAAGAGGAUAAUUACCGCCCCAUCAGGAUGGUGUUCUCAGCUGUUGGAGGUGGAUGUUCAGGAUCCAAACUACAAGGUCUAGCUGAGAAAUAUUUCGGCGAUCUAAGCAGCGAGUACCCAAGAAAAGUGCCCGAGGCUGGUGGUAUUCGAUUUACUGGUUGCGAGUACGUAUACCGUAACGAUUAUAUUCCACAUAUGUAUUCGGCUGUGGCUGUUGAAGGUGUCGGGUACGCUCACCACGAUGCUCUUGCUCUUCAAAUGGCGAGCCAAUUUAUUGGACAGUGGGAUGUCACUCAUGCGACUACGCGUACCGCUCCAUCUCGAUGGAUCCAGAAGAUUUCUCAUGAACAUGGACUACAAUUUCUCCAACACUUCAACAUUAACUACAAAGAUACAGGUCUGUUCGGUGUGUACUUUGUUAGUAACGGAGAUGAUUUAGCCAACUCACAGGGAAUUAUAAGGAGCAUCCAGCAUGAAUGGAAGCACCUCGCUGCAGCGGUUUCUGAGGAAGAGACUACAUUGGCCCGCAACCAAUUAAGAACGUCACUCUACCAACAACUUGAAUCAAACACUGAUAAGGCUGACUUCAAUGCAAAAGAGCUGUUAUACACUGGAUCUGUCCGAUCGCUAGCCCAACUCGAAGACGAAAUUGCACGAAUUGAUCACAAUGUCAUCCGAGAAGCCGUCUUCAAGCAUGUCUAUGACAGAGAUACUGCUAAUGUUGGAGUUGGGCUCACCGAAGCGUUCGUGAACUAUUUACAUACUCGUGCAGCGAUGUCAUGGUGGAGGUUGUAA